AUGCCUUCGCUUAAGAUGGGCGCCGCCCACAUGGCGCUGUUUGCGCGCGAUCUUGCCUCGACUGAAUCGACUUUUACAAGUUGGGACAAGUGUAUGGCCAAGUCAUACUGCAAGUGGCCAGUCAUUGUUGCGAUCAUCAUCGUUUCAGUUAUUCUCAUUGCGGUCAUAGGUUGCAUUGUCAACUGUAUCUGCUGUGGUUAUCGAUGCUGCACCGCCUGUUGUGGUUGUUGUUGUCCUUCUGGGCGCCGCAGGAACAAGCAACCUAAAUACUACGAUGACCCUCCAUUGGUUCCCCCAGGCCCAACUCCUUCAUACAACCAAUCCCCUGGAUACAACCCGACCCCCACGUACAAUCAGCAGCCCACAACUCCUGCGCCGCCAUUGUACCGUGGUGCCGUACAGACAGCCACCUUUGACACGGCCAAGUCACCUACAGCCAAGAUCAAUGAAGAUGCGCUCCCUGAGAUGCCCACAUGGGCCAACGCUGUUGAUAAGCACGUCGAAGACACAAGUCCCCACGAGGAUGUGGAAAUGGAGCCAUUGAACCCCGCGGAUCGGAAGCAUGGCGCUGGUACGCCAAUGCACGUCAACACGUUCGCAGACUACCCACCGGACCGGGGCACGGGAACACCCGCCAGUGCUGGUUACAGAGGGUUCACUCCGACUGACCCCUACGCUCGCCGCUCGCCUGCUCCUGCUGCUCUAGCUGCGACGCAGGACCCCUAUGGCCGACGCUCACCUGGCGUGACUUCCCCCGCCGCAGCAGCAGCUAUCGAUCCGUACAAUCGGCGCUCUCCUGGCCCCGGCGCUGCCAUGGAUCCAUACGGUCGUCGAUCCCCCGGUCCCGCGGCCGCAUUUGCCGCUGCUCAAGAUCCCUAUGCUCGCCGCUCUCCAGGACCCAAUGCGGCUUAUGCCCCUGCACAGGAUCCCUACGGCCCUCGCUCUCCUGGCCUUACCUCGCCUGUCGGUGCUGUAAGCCCAUACAACAACCAACCGUAUGACCAGCACCAGGGCUAUGACCAACACCAGCCAUAUGAUCACGUCCAGCCAUAUGAUGACUACAGCCCUGGCGGCGCAAACCAAAUGGCCAACCCCACAGCCACCGGCUACGCACCCCACGGCCUCACAUCUCCCUCUCCAGUGGCAGCCUACAACCCGCACACAAAUUACGGCACCGCCCAAAUGCCUAGUUCAGACGCUGCUCACAACAACGCCGGCUUUACCCGCCAACCGUCCUUCGGCUCAAGCCAGUACCCACCCACAUAUACUUCUCAGCCUCCCUACCGCGGUGUUUCACCCGCUUUGCCCGCGUCCCCGCCGCCUUCUUUCCCUGCGCCUUCGCCGCAUGAUUUCCAGAGCUACGAAUACCACGCCCAGCCUAUUGGGCAUGCCGUUAGCGCACCAAUCGGUCAGGCCGUUAGCCCAACAGAGGAAGCUAGGAAUCGUCCUCCAACUUUGUUGAUGAGUGGGCGGCAACCCGCAACGAACUUCUGA